CGUGCGCUCCAGUCAGUAAAUUCAAUCCCAUCAGUCAUCACUCCGCAUUGCUUUCCUACCGAGAAACGACAAAUCGCUCUUCACCCGUGUGCCUCGAUCGCUAACCACAUUGUGGGGCCAUUGUUCUCUGUGCGUGACCUUGCUCUUCUUUGGCCAGCUCUCAAGCAUGCAUGAACCAUGAAUAGGUUAAGCUUUCUUUUUUCGACGCUUUUCGUGAUUGCAGCGAUUCAGAUUAAGAUCGAGACUAACGCGCAGGUCGUCCAACCAGCGCAUACCCUUCCUUCAAACGAGCGACCAACAAGUGGUCCAACAAAACCCGCCAAAAAUGGUUCCCCGCCGCUUAAAAUCCCAACGGCCAAACCUAGUCUCGGUGACGCGAUCAAGAGCCUCAAUGAUCGCAUCCUGAAUGACACGGACACUCCGCAGGAUAUGCUCCAACACGUCCGAGAUAGUUCGUUCCGAAACGUUUUCCACGAGGCGAUCGACGCCAAGAUCGUCAAUCCGGAUCUCAUCAGAACGCUGGCUUCGGUCGGCAAACCGUUGGUCAAUGACUACACCCGGGACACCCUGCUGAUCGAGUCGAUCAGGGAAGACAUUAACUUCACAUUCGGGCCUAAUGUCACUUGGUGGGAAACACUGGAGCUCAAGAAGAACGAGCAGCACGUGAUCGUGGGGUUGAGCAAUAGCAGUAUCGUUAUUCUGUUUGAGCACUUUGGCGAGUUCAAGCUACAGCAGGAGGUUCUGAUGGAGACGGCGCCGACGGCUUUCGAGAUCAUCACGGUUUGGGACUCGGUGGCGGAGACUCCGGUCAGCUGUUUGAUCGUGGCGACCGAGUUGCAGCUCAUUUGGUACACGAUGCGACCGGAUACGAAUUUCGUUCUGACGGAGGAGUGGCGUUGGCCGCUUUAUAAGAUGACGACGUUGAUUCGGGGAUUCAAGUACCGGGAUAUUCACAUGAUCUUGCUGGUGGGGACGCACCCGAACAAACAAAAAUCCGUUUCGGCAACUCUUUAUGAGUUCAAUUUUGAGAAGCAGCAGUUUUGGCUUCUGCAGCGGUUGGAUCUUGCACAUGCUUGUAGUACGGUUGGACUGGUGAGGGUUGGACGGGAGUUUUUGGUGGCUUUUCCGCAGCAUGAUAAGGCCAUGAUUUACACUCUGGAAGCCGGUGAGAAAUAUCGCGGAAGGUUCAAUUUGGUAGCGAACUACACGUCGGAGUUGGUUCAGACGGUGGGGGCUUUUCAGGUCGGAAGGUAUGCCUAUAUUGCGAUCGGGGGGAGAUCGCCACAGAUCGUGCGCUAUGCCAAUGGAGUGUUCGUGUCCCAGCGUAUUCCAAUGGAGGCGAUGGAGACGGUUGAGGCAUACUUUGAAAUACCGACUCCUACCUAUCGGGAUGACUUCAUUCUGCUGGUGCAGCACAAAAUGCUUUUCUCAACGCACGAUCUUCAGCGGUUGGAUAUUUUUGUGUGGAACGGGGAGUCGUUUGAUCUCCGAAGUAACAUCCCUUGCUACGUGGAAGACGAACUAAUGGACAACGAAGUUUCGUGCAUGCUGGAUCUGUACCGGCCGACCGGUAUCGUCGGGUCUGCGAUCAUACUUCGGGGCAAGCAGGUUUCGAUGAUCGUUCCUCGCUAUCAGACUCAUUCGACGCUGUUCAACUUGCGUAUCGAGCUGCUGUCCGCAGAGCACCCGAUCAGGCAGAAGACUCAGGAGAUGCGGGACACGAUCGAUGCGUUUACCAAAAUCUUCCACUACCAAGACGAGGUGAUCAGCGAAGCGUAUGCGGCGAUCGCCGAAGCGGAGCAGACAUAUGAUGUUCCACUGCUAACGCUGCAGAACUGUUCUCUGGGGACAGUUCAGGCGGACUUGGUUGUGCAAGAUUCGGACUUCCGGUGGCCGAGCGGGAAGAUCAUGGUUGGUAACAGGACAUGGUCGCAUCGUGACACGGCGGUUGACGUUCCAGCGAUCGCGCGAGAAUUAGAGGCGGAGAUGGCGCUGUUGAGUGAGUUGGAGCAACAGCUGAACUACACGGUUCGACGACACAACGAUAGCUUCUCGCUGGAUUUGGAUCAGCCGUUGUACGUGCAGGGUCGAGUCGAGGUCGGAGGAGCUCUGGUUACGGAUGAUCUGUACGUAAGGCAGCUGGAAGAAGAUCCACCGUUGUUGCGGGUGGUCCGGCAAACCGGCGAUGAUGGUAUGCAGGAGUUGCGGGUCAAAGAUCUCAAAGUUCGUCAUCUGAAUUUUGAAACCGUGAACGGAAUUCUGGCGAGUGAUCUCGUCUACAAUACGGGCGAGAAGAUCGAGUUGGCCAACGCGCUGGUUGUGAACAGUGUGCUUGUGGCGCAAAACGUGAUCUUGCCCAAAGGCGGAACGGUCAACGGGGUAGAUCUGAGCGAGUCAACGGUCUAUUUCAACUGCAAGAAUCGUCGGUGGGAUAACUUGAAGUUCGAUUCGGUGGAAGUGUUGGAGAAUGUGGUAGCUCACGAAACGAUCAACGGGGUGAAGCUUGACCUGGCGGAAUUGGAUGCUCGAUUCAGGCAGGCAAGUGAAGACAUGUCUGAUGUGCUGGUAACGGAAAAUCUACAACUAGAUGGAAGUUUGUACGUCCAUAGCAUAAAUGGCGUACCGUGGAGUGACAUUAUCCAUCGAAUCGUGCUGAAGAACCGACCUAAUCGGCUGGCUGAUCUGAAGAUCAACGGAAGUCUGAUUCUGCAGAACGACAACGUGACGGUUUACCAUCUGAAUGGGCUGGCCUUCCCAAUGGAUUAUCUGCUCUCCAGCAGUCCGAUGGAGUCGAUCGUGACCGGCUACAAGAAAUUUGUGAACAUUACGAACAUCGAAGCCAUGGACGUAGAACGCACGAUCAACGGAGUUGACCUGCAGGACAUUAUCACCUUGCACGACGAUCAGCACAUCCCUGGUGACGUUACCAUCGGUGAACUUCACGUAACCGAACGGCUGGAAGUCAAGGGAGCUAUCCGCGGCAAGCACUUGGAUGAAUUCCUGGACAACCCAACGCUGCUGCAAACCACGUCGAUCAAAGCCGCGUGCCAUUUCAAGCAGCUCUUCGUCGACGGACCGGUGAUCGUGGAAGGCAAUCUCAACGGCAUGGAUGUGGACGCAGUGCUGUCGGAUGUGGUCUACGACACGGAGCACACGGUCACGAUCGAGGCUUCCAAGCGAAUUGCUUCGGCAGAGUUCCGCGACAAUGUCACGAUCAGUUCUAAUAUGGUCAACGAGUUCAAACUGGAUCAGUUUGUGACGCGCAGCACCGAGCAGGAGCUGAACGUUCGGGAGAUCAACGGAAACGUAUUUAUCCGCGAGUUGCAAUUAGAUGGGCUAUUCGAUGGACUGAAUGCGACGGCUUUGGAUGUGAGCGCGGUGAAGUUGUUUGGCGAUCAGUACACGGAAGCUUCGUUGAUCUUCAAGAAUCGGGAGAAUGCUCUGUACCCGGACGUGGAAGCAAACGAGCUUAAGAUUAUGAAAACUCUGAACUCCAAAGCGAGAAGUGAAUACAAGGAUACGGAUCAAGAAGAACUGGUUCUGACCGGGCAGAUUAGUCUGAACCAUCUACAUGUAGAUCAUUUGCUGUUGAAGGGAUCGAGCUUAGAGGGACCGUCCAAAAUGAUCAACUUGGUGCACUUACCGACCUUCGACAACCUUCGCUUCAGCUUGACGAGACCUCAACAGGUCACAGCACCGUUCAUCGUGAACAAACUUGUCGUGGGAAGUCAAAUAGCGGCGGCUUACGUUAAUGGACGAGACUUCCGGGGUCUGAAGGAGAGCAUCGAUCGCUUGGACAACUUCAAGAACCACCUGCUACAGGGAAGUAUUCCGAUUGAGAAUCUCCACGUUGGAGGCGAUCUGCAGGUCAACAUGUUGAACGACGUAAACUUUGAUGCGUUGGUGAAGCAAGUCAUCUGGUUGAACCGCCCCAACAGGAUACCGGGAACGAUCCGGUUCCUCGAUCCUCUGAUGAUCAUUGGAAAUCUAACGGCACGGGGACAGGUCAACAACGCCGUUUUCGGAGACUUUUUGGAAGAUGUGAUCCGGAAAUCGGCAGGAGUGGCGGAGUUUCACGGUUCAAUUACAUUCAUGAACGGUUUGGUAGUCGAAGGCAACGUCAAUACUGAGAGCAUCAACAAUAUCCACAUGAGUGAGCUGGCGUUGAGAAACGAUACGAUCUACUUGCAAGGUGACGUGGAAAUCUUGGGAGACCUUUUCGUGGAGCAUCUACACGUCGAGAACCAUCUGAAUCAGGAGCCCAUUCAGAACCUCCUGAACUCGUACAGCUAUGACGAUUCCAAGGACGUUCACACGGUCAAAAGUGAUAUGUACCUGUAUGGUGCCCAAAUCGGAGCGCUGCACAUCGGAGGAAUGCUGAACCAGAUACCGAACGUUGACGCCCACUUGGCAUCGGUCAUCCGCAAGGACCAAAACUACAACUUCACCAAGCCGCUGUUGUUCAAGAACGAAGUCUUCUUCGAUCAAGGUUUCUCGGCCACCUACCUCAACCAAAUUGAUAUUUCAAAUAUCCAGCAAGACAUCGUUCGGAUCAACGAUCCGAACCCGGUAGAGAUCGAAGCGGAAGUGAUCACGUUCGCCGAACCCAUCUACGCUGAUCAGUUGACCAUCAAAGGGGAUAUGAUCACUACAAAUCUCGUUGGGUGCAAUCCGGACAUCUGGACGAGCACAGGAAUCAUGAUCAAUAGGGACGCCGAGAUCUACGCGAAAACAUUCUUCUCGCCGGGAGCCUUCCGUACGAAUCAUCUCCGCGUAGACUACAUGAACGGACAACCGAUGAACAGCCUGAUCACGCUGAACACCGAUCAGACGAUCGAGACAACGCUGCUCAUUCACGAGAUGACAAUUACACAGCCGAUGGAUGUCGGUGGAUACGUCAACGGAGUUACGCUACCGUACGAACGCAAGAAUACGCUCAUGACAUACGGCAACCAGCGGGUCCGCCUACCAACAGUCUUCCACACGAUCCGAGUCCUUCAAUCGCUCACUCUCCCACCAAUUCUGAACAGUAAACCCUUCGGACCACCGGUCGCGAUCGGACCCGAAAUGAUAAUCGAGUCCCCCAUUUCCUUCCGACAUCUCAUCGUUGAUCGGCUCGAGACGGAAGACAUGAUCUCCGGGGUGGACUUCAACCAGUGGUACGAGAACAGUUUGUGGCGUAAGGGCCGCGAUCACCAGACCAUCGAAGCGAAGAUUUCAGCCCGCAAUGUGCGGUUCAACGGAGACGUGGAAGGCGACGGCAAGAUCAACGGAGUAGACAUCGUGGACGUCGUGCAGCGAAUGAAGGCCGCCAAGAAGAACGUGGAAGAUCAGCUACUGGACUACCGGUCGGAGAUGCGAUCGUUCUGCUCCAACACCAAACAGCUGGUGGACAAAUCCCAGAGCCGGAUGUACUUCUUCAAGUACUUCGUGCAGCGACAGGUGAUCAAUGAGCAUCUACCGAUCGUGUCGUUCCACUUCUUCGAUCACUUGGGGUACAAUUUCCUGGGCGUGAACAUGGGAUGCGAGAGCCACUUCUACCAAUGGGAUCCGACUGGGAAGGCAUUCGUGCCGAUUUUCAAAUAUUACACGGGAGUGGUGCAGGAAUGGAACCACGUGGUUAAUGGCGAGGAAGCUAUCUUCCUGGUGACGCGAUCGAUCACUGAGCUUACGCAAUGUGAAGUUGCGGGACUUAGCGUGUGGUUGUUCACGGGCGUACAGCUGCAGCUGAUUUGGAAUACGGUGGACACCGCCUCGAUGCAAUCGGUAGCUGCCGAUCCUGCGAAGUCGACAAGCUUCUAUGUACUAACGCCGGAUGUUGUGGUGGAGUACGGCGUUGAUGGAAGCACUUUGGAGCAGUGGAGACUUCCAAAGAGCGCUUUGGGUUACGAAUUCAUCCCCAGUAAGGUCGGACUUGGACUGGCCUUAAGCGAUAGUAAGCUACUGGUUCUGCUUUCGAAUGUGAACAAGACUUUCGAGGAGGAUUCGACUGAUCUUGAAAUGGCGCUGUUCUCUUCGCAAUCGCUGCACGAUCGCAUGAAAAAGACGUAUUCGGAAAAGCUAUUGAAUUCUACGGUAAGCUCAGAAGAAGUCAGCGACAUUAUCCACCCAGAAAAUAUAUCACCACUCGAAGAGCACUCACAUUUCAACAACGAUACGGUGAUCUAUGUGGUUGAACCGGAGACAAUCGACAUACCGGAUCCACCGGUAAGUGAAGAUGAAUUGUCUUCGGAGACACCGAUCGCCAGAGACAUUCCCCACGGAGGAAUCCUGAUUGCCGACAACCAGCACUUCCCCGAGAGAGCCAAAGGGGACGUGGUGGCAUUUUACGCUGGUCCGCACAACAAGAAGCGCCAUCUGGUGGCGGUGUCCACUGUGAUUCACACAGUCAUCCAAGGAGAUCAGGACGCGAUCAAGAUCUACACCGACAUCCAGACGGGCAAACUCUACCAGGUUCUACCCUGUCACCGUCCUUCGCAUUUGACCGCCCUGGAACUGCGGGACGAGACGAUCCUCGCCUUCCUGGAAGCCCGGCAGACCGUGCAGAUCUACAUCUACCGGGGCAUGCAGGGUUUCGUGCGGCUGAGCAACUUCAAGCUGACGGCUCCGGCCAGGGCCAUGGCCGGGGUUUCGCUGCCGCAGCCGUUGACGAUUCGAUGCAAGCUGCACUACCUGGCGAUCGCCACUGAGCAGAACGAACUGAUCAUGCUACGAGCCAAGACACAAGGUGACUGCGGACUGCUGGUCCAGGUGGACUGCGAUGAUGUGGAGUGACGGAUUUUGAUGUACUGUUUUUGAUGUUGUACAAUGUUUGUUUGAUUGUAUGAAUAAUUGUUAUUGUUGAAAGUAUAGAAAUUUUUAUAUGGAAUUUA